AUGACGAGCGGCCAGUCUACUGUACGCCUAACGCGUUCUCUAGCCAAGUCUAUGGAAUUGGAGAACUAUGUAUCUCCUGCAAAGAAAACAAGAAUGCAAGACGUCAUCCCCCCACCUACACCCGACUCGAAGGUGAUUGUUCUUGAUGCUGAACCAGGGCUGGACCAUUAUGAGCUAGGUGUGCAAAACAAACCCCUCACGCCUCCACAAAAAUUGUCAAUGAAGGGUACCAUAAGGUUUGAGCUCCCUACAGCCGUCAACUACAGUGACGAAGAAACAUUAUGGAGCUUAUGCCCCGAGUCAAGCGUUGAUGCUGAUGUAAUUACAGCGUUAGCAUGCCACUUGACCUUGGACGAAGUUAAAAGAGAUACUGGUCGUGGAAGAGGAGUGUGCUUUCUGCCUACGGAAUUGCAGGAUAUGGUCGUUAAUUAUGGCAUGACAUCUGCAAAGGCAUUAGAGUUAUAUGAUACAAAAUUCCUAUCAAAAGCUCAUAACUGUAGAAAGGUUUGUCUUCCCAUGAAAGAUAUGAUGAAUGAUGAAGGCAUCCACUGGUAUUUAGCUAUAAUUUUGAUGGACCAGAAACAAGUACACAUUCUGGAUUCAUGCCCAUCAAAAGAGCGCCAAACAAUCCGUACGAAUGCAGUUCACACAAUGAUCAAAUUUCUGAACGACUUGUUUGAUGCCUUACACAAGGAAGUUCAAUCAACAUGUGCACCACCACAGAUCAAGGAGUUUUCUUUGACCACUCCUGAAGUUCCUACACAACGACACAAGAAUGAUAGUGGGAUCUGGGUUUGUGUGUGGAUGAUGGGAUCAACUUGGGAUGAUGACUAUUAUAUUUGGCCAUGCAAUCAUUUGAGAAGAAUGCAGGUGGCAUUGUACCUAGUCAAAGAGCCUACCAAUUACAUAAGACACAAGGUGCUCAAGAAAGCAAAUCAGAAUGCGCCUAGGUUUGAAGCUCAGACACUUGAGUACAAAAUAGCUUCCCAAGAGAGGAAAGCAGGUUCCCAGAAGAGGCUAAUUCAGGAAAGCAGCUUCCCAGAAGAGGCGAAUUCAGGGCUCAAGGAUAUCUAG